AUGAAGCUGGUUGAAAUUGACAUCGAUGAUAUUUUAAAGGGCGGAGAAGAGCGUCUUCAGUUUUGGUCGAAAAUCGUCAUCCAGCAAUUCAAAGAAGUUGGAUUUUUAAGAUGCGUGAAUAUUCCUGGACACGAUCAGAAAAACCUCCUCGAAAAGGCGAAUUGGUUCCAUCUCGGGCAUUCCGAAGAGCAAAAAAUGACACUAACGACUAACCGAUUUAAUCCCGCGACCAAUCGACUCUACCGAGGAUUCUUUCCAGUCAUCAAAAACCAGGGCUCGCACAAGGCCUGCUUCGAAAUCGGCAACUUCGAAGGUUCUUUUGAAGAUCAUCAAGCAAAACACGACCCUUCCUCCGUCGCUUCUUUGAUGCUCGAGCCGGCGCAAUGGCCGGAAUUUGAGAAGGAAGAGGCAGAAAGUUUGGAGUUUAGAAAAACUGUAAGAGCGGAGUUUGAGGUCUAUCAUUUGGUGGCGAAGGUCUUGAUGGAGUGCAUUGCUAAAGGGUUGAAUAUUGAUAUGGAAAAGUUCAGAUCUCGAACAGACAAAACCUGCGCUACUUUCAGGCUAAUUCAUUACCCGCCGCGAACCGACACCAUCCCUGAGAGCUGCAAACUCCCAACUGGUGAGAUCAUUUCCACGCCGGAGCAUCAUGAUACUUCGAUUUUAACCGUCCUGGAGAAUUUCAACUACGCUGGGCUGCAAGUUCAAGAUCCAAAGACUGAAAAAUGGUGCUCGAUCGAAACUCAGCCUGGCUCUUUUGUUGUCAACUGUGGCAAGAUCCUCGAGAGGAUGACAGGAGGGCAACUCAGAUCAACAAUUCAUCGCGUUUUGGAUUUAGGAGAGGAACGAAUCUCAGCGCCAUUCUUCUACGAACCAAAUGUUGAUGCUGACCUAAUCGACUUCACGACUGGCGAAAAAUGGUCAGACGUCCCGUACGGCCUCUGGAUGGUGCAAUAUGUCAAGAAAUUCGUCGAAUAUAAAAUGGUUUGUGGAUUGACUGUGUUGUUCUUUAUCUUCCCUGAAUGCAGUAUUCCAAUGAGAAGCUGCAGAACUAAAAGUGGAAUCGAAUGGUUCAUGGGAACAAAGAAGAGGACGAGAAGAGACAGCUACGAAUUCUGCUCUUCGUCUGAUUCAAUAAUUGCGAAUAUUUCAACUGCUGAAAAAAUUUUUUCUGAAAACAAAGAGAUGCUUGAAAAAUUUGGAAACUUUUGGCUCUACGACAGGGACUAUGAGGGAGAACUUCUUAUCCGGUCAAAUGGGUUGAGAGAAUCAACGAAGAGUAUGGCUUAUUAUCGCCCGGACAAAUGCAUAACUUUUCAAACAGAUGAUCAGAAAGCCCUUUACGAAUGCAAGCCGUCGGAUAACUACGAGUAUUUCAUGAUGCUGACAAUCAAAGAGGCGUGUUUUCCAAUGAAACCAAUUUGGGUAUCAACGAUGGAAUCUAUCGACAUCCGUGUCGAUGCAGAUAUUCUCAAGGCUGUCAAUGGGUCAAGAAUCGACUACAUAAACCUCCAAAAUCAUGAAAUUUACAACCCAAGAUUCUGCCUGACAGAUCGAUGCUGUUCCAUGUCUGCAGACAAAGAAGUCAAGCAAUUCCGAGAACAUGAGAAAUUCUAUCCCUUGUGUGUCAAACUCUGA